AUGGCAACAAGGCAUAAAUCUUUCUCAGCAAACCGUCCAAGGUCACGUGAGAGUCAAAGGUCAGGGUUGACUGAUGGUCACAGGUCAAGGCUACAAGAAGUACAGAAUACAACAGGGUUUUACUCAGGUAGAGCUCUGCCCAAAGAUACAGAAGACACUAUACAGGUGUUGAACCUGACUGGUAACCAGAUAGAGCAUAUUCCAGUAUGGUUAGCUAAGAGACUUAAAUCUCUCAGGAUAUUUAGAUGUGCCAAGAAUAACAUAGGAUCUUUUAGUGAAAUAUCUAAACUGAGGCCAUUACAGGAUUUGUCCCAAGUCAGCUUUGCAGAAAACCCAGUUACAAAGGUGCCACAUUAUCGAUCAUUUGUAAUCUUCCAACUGCGCACGUUAGACAUCUUGGAUGGCCAGCCAAUCAGCAAUGAGGAGCGUGAAGCUGCUCAGAAUAGAUUUUCUCAAGAUGAGUUAGAACACUUAGAGAAAAUCAUCAGUGAACAAGAGGAAAAACUCAGUACUCUAGAAGACCAACAUAACAAGUCCCUACAUGAAGUUACAGUGAGACAAGAGGAGCAGAAAACAUGGAAGAAACAACAGAAGGAGAAAGAAAAACAACUGGAGGAGAUGAGAAAUGAAAUGAAGGCAAAGGAUGAUCUCUUAAAAAGGAAGACCAUGGAGCUUACAAAGGCUUGUGAGAAAAACUAUGAACUGGAGCAGGAGUUGGCUUUCUUUAAGAUAGACUCAAAGUUUGGAAGCCUUGGCCAGGUUCCACCUACUUAUGAUAUGGAGGACUACGAUGGUGAGAAUGAUUUGAUUGGAGAAAGUCCUUAUAUCGGCAGAGCACGAUACCAAAAAAAUCAGUAUGCAUUCGAGAAGAACCUAGCACCAAAGGGUCAACCAAUCAGAAUACAGCAAUUAGCGGGAAGUAGUGAUAUUGGAGCAUCUCCAUCAUUUCUCAGAGAUUCACCCCAGCAGGCUGAUCAAAGUACAGGACUACGAUGGUGA